AUGUUUUCCUCAGUCCGCACCUCAUUUGCUUCUAACCUCUGCAAGAGUCACCCCUCGCUCAGGCGCGCAACGGGAUCACCUCUCCAACGCUUCGCUGCCAUUCGCUUCCAGUCCACCGAACAAGCCCACAUCCGCGACAAAGGCUAUCCCUUCCCUCUCUACUACCACCUCCUCCCAUCCGACGCCUCCUCUUCCACCCUUAUUCGUCCCCCUCCCACGCAAUCUGAUGGCCACCAUGUGAGCUACGCUAUCUCGUUCCUCCCGACCUUCCCACAGGAUCCUCGCCAGGUCAUUGGAUUCCUAAAGGCAGACAAGAACACGUCCGCCAAGCCCAAGGUUGUCCCCGACAAGUUUGUAGAGAACGACGUCUUCAGCGAUAUGUUGCAUAAGGUCAUCAAGGAGCACUUGGUCAAGGACACCAUGGUCGAGUCUGUUCUGCAGCAGCAGCUUGAAGGGUGGACCCAUAUUGUUGACUAUCGCAAUCCUGCACCCUUUGGAAGGAUCCCAUUGCCAGAAGACAUCUUUGGCAGUGUCCAGAUCCGCGACGGAGUCAUCCAGCCAUCGACUUACCAGAGAAUGCCGUCUCACCGGAUCGUCACCAUCAACGGACUCUUCCAAUUGAGCGACUAUCUGCAUGACAAACUUGUCCAUCAUCUCAAGCACCUGUGA